GAAUGGCCCGGCAGAAAAGGGCGACCCGAAGUGUGGCGGGAGUUGAAUAAAUUAACACCAAACUGGAAAGCAUUGAAAAGAAGAACCCCUUCUAAGUGCUACACACACGUAUACACACAGACAUAAAACUAGGGCAAUCGCGAUGGGAGAGCUUCUGGAUUUCGAGUUAGAAGAUGACGUAGUCGUUAAUCCCACUAAGAAAAGGAAGAAGAUUAUAGGUUUGGAUGAUCUUCUGUCUGAUCACUACAAGCAGAAGGGAUCACUCGUUGAAAAUUCCAGGAGAGCAACGCAUAGAAGAAGCUACAGUUCUGACGAGGAUGAAGUCGACGUGGGAGAAGCCAAGCUGUCUCGAUGUGUUGAAGAAUGUCAAAAAGAGAUGGGGAGAAUAUAUGGAGAAGAUGAAUCUGCUUUCUGGGGUCUGCAAAUUUUUGGUGAUCAGAAACCUCCACCAAAGUCUGUGUCACCAGAUCUUAAGACCUGUGUGUCUCUGGAGUCACUCAAGAGCAUGGAGCUAGAUUCUUUAGUUGAAGUUCACCCGAAGAAAGGAGAAACCUUCCUUGAAAGAUUACUGGUAGAUGGGUGGCUUUUGAAGUUAGUUUUAGUUAAAGGUCAUCUAAACGAAUCUAUAGCAAAGUGGACAUUUAAUCUAAUGCUGUACUCAUCUAUUGAAGUGCUAAGCACGUCUGCCUGUGACUUUUGGUGUACUGUUCUCUCUCCAAAGAAUAAGACUGACUUAUCUAUUAAAAUCGAUUGGAUGCCGAAGUACACUGAAGUAAAAGAAGCUCUUGAAAUCUAUGGUUUCAUAAUCAAUACACCAUCAAAAUUUUCUUCUACUGUGAAUCUUGGGGAUUCUGAUCAUAUCGGACCUCCACAAAAUAUCAGAGCAUGGAUGAAAUUUAUAGCUGCUGGCUGUCAAGUAAGAUCUAGCUUUGCAGUCUUUUCUACUUCAGAGACAGAGGAGUUGCUUGCUAUAGUUAUUUCUCUUUAUCUAGACCGCCAGCUUUUAGGGCUGUCAAUGAUUCUGCAUGACUGUACAUUUUCAGUACUAAAUUACUUCAGAAAUAAUGAAUGGAAAUCUAGCUGUGAGAAAGUAGCAAUAUCUAUUGCUUCCAGAGUACCUUGUGACAUUAACUCCUUAAGGAUCGUGGAGAGCAUUAUGGCAACUGAUUCACGCAGCAAGCAGCUCAGAAGUGCAGUGGCAUAUCAGCUUCUGUCAACUUGCUUAGACAACAAGUUUAUUGAUGCCGAGGACAUGCUAGCAUUUCUUAUAUCAAUCAAUGUGAAGGAUAAUUCCUGUGACCUUUUUAAGAUAUACAUUUACUUGGUUCUUACCGAGAACUGGCUUUUGUAUAACUCUACGACAAGAGAAAAUUCGUUAAUGAAAGAUAUGUGGGGUGUUUUUCUUCGCAACUGUUCUUGCCAAAUCAGCAGUACGGAUCUGAGGUCACAUGCAUCAAAGGUCCGUAGCAAGGCUUCCUAUCUUGUACAAGGUUCCUUGAAAUGAUUCUGAUUAGGUAUAAACUGUAUCUUAAAAUUUUUAUAACUUUGAAAGAUUAAAUAUUAUUAGUGUCUGUAAACUAGAAUUUUGGCAAUAUCUUUGAAUAUCAAUCUAUGAACCUAGUUCCCGUGCUGGUUAACCCAUUUGGCUUGAGUUGCAGAAUGAGGAACUAACUGGAUGCUUUUUUGGUGUAAAUUUGCUAUUCAA